AUGAAAAACCGAUACAACUAUUUAAAAGCAAAGUAUGCAGUGUGGUUAAAACUUAAAAACAAAACAGGAAAUCUUUACAAUCUCGUAACAAAUUCUUUUAACAUGACUAAUGAAGAAUGGGAAGCGGAAGCAAAGUUGAACAAGUAUGUAGAUAAGCUGAGAAAUGCACCCCUCCCUUGCCCUAAUCUUUGUACCCAACUAUUUGAUGGGGUGACCUCGACCGGUGUUCACAGUUGGGGGCCAUCUUCGACACUACCUAAUCCCAAUGAAACCUUCAGUACACAUAAUUUUGAGGAUACGGAGAUGGAAGAGACAACACCUCAUCCAGAUACCCCAAGCUCAACAGUACCUCAACCUAAUAGUGAGGAAUCAUCUGGGCGGACAAAAAGCAAGAGGGGCAAACGAAAUGGUCCUAAAGAAACCACACUUGAUGAUGAGUUGAAAGAAGCUGGAAAAGAAAUUAUCAAGGCUGCACAAGCAUUCACGAAAACAAAUAAUCUUGACAAGGAGAUGGAUGCUUGUAUGGCGAAGUUGACAAGCUUGGAGUGGGGAGAAUAUGAUCAAAAAUACACCACUGCCCUUAUGUUAUUUUCUGAAAGUGUUGACAAUAGGAAAAUUUGGUUGCGCCUUAACUUGUCAACUUGUGAUUCGUGGGUUGGAUGGGAAGACAUAUCACAUGAUUCUAAGGUUUUGAAAGAAGUUGCAUUUAACCCGACUUCCAGAUUUCCAUUCCCUCUACCAGAUAAAUAUUACCUUUGUGAUGUCGCGUACACCAACACCCGUGGAUUUAUGGCUCCCUACCGCAAUACUAGGUAUUGGUUAGCAGAUUUUCGAAGAAACAAAGCUUUAAAUAAGGAAGAAUGGUUCAAUCAUGCUCAUGCACAACUUAGAAAUAUCAUUGAACGUACUUAUGGUGUAUUGAAGCACAAGAGACAACACAAGGGUAAUAUGAUCAUUUUUUUCAUUCAGCACAAUAAUUCAGAUAAAUUAUCAAACAACAUAAACUCAGUCAGGACUCAGUCAACAUUUCUAACCCAGUCAGCUUCUAACCCAAACAGCUCUAACCCAAUCAAUUUUUUUGAAUAA